GUACCCUGUGUGCUUGUGUCCUUAGUGCAGUGUGUGUGUGUGUGUGUGUGUGUGUGUGUGUGUGUGUGUGUUGUUGCCUGGACAGAGAUCAGCUGAGCGACGAGACAAGCAAGGAAAUCAUAGAGUGAGCCUAAGCACAGACAAUCCCACACCAGCCAUGACGCCGGACAAGGAGCUGAGCCACCUGACAGAUGAGGAGUACCUGAUUCACCGUGCCAAGGAGCGACAUGCCACCGACCCCUGUGCCGCCAAGUGCUGGAUGAUCACUGCACAGGCACUCUUCCCUAAAAACUUCGGCAUCCAGUUUGAGGUGUACCAGACGGAGAAAUCGGCAAAAAAUGUGAAGGAAGCUGCAAAAUGCCUCGGAAUCAUGCUCCGGGAAUUUGCCCACGAACCAGUGCUGUGGCAAGAGGUGGAGAGCAUUAUGGUAGCACUUCGUCAGAGCACCCCAGACUCCCACAUGACGUUCCUGACUUACCUCUUCAAUAUGCUUCCCAAGGACGUUCAACACAGCAUGGUGGCGGCAGCUGCAGAGCGUUCACAGGACACGAUGACACGCUGCCGACUGAUGCUGCUGCUCACCACAACGUUUCCGGAGAGCACCACACACCACGGGCUGCAGUUGGUGGAGAGCCUUAUUGCUGCUGAGAAACACUGCCCUAGCCCUCUCAACCCCUUCAGGCGCAUGCUGGUGUGUGACCUGCUGCCGCGCCUUCUGCAGACACAGGGGCUGGAGGUGCGGCCCAAGACACUCCACAACCUGCUGUCCCGUGCCAUUGAGUUCUACAUCACAUAUGUCACCACGCCUUCGAGAGUGUUGCAGGGCAUAAUGAACGGUGACAGCAAGAUUGAGGAUCCAUGGCAGCAGCUCUUCACAGUGGUACAGCUCAUUGGAUGGAACCUUGGCUGGGAUUUAGUCAAGGGCUUUCAGAGUACUAGCAACCGAGAAGUUAUCCUACAGCGCAUCCAGAACCUUAUAGAGGGUGGAGCGAGGCUGGGAGGUCCGAAAGGGGAAGGAGGAGAGGACGUGAGGGAGGUCUUGUACACAACACUUACCAUUUUCCUACAUGCUCUGAUGGACUACACGAAAAGACUCUAUCCUGAUUUUAACCAAGAGACCACCUCCACCUCCAGCCCCCCCAUGACCCUUGUGGAGGCAUUUAUCUACCCAGAGACCGAACCGUCGGAACCAAGCCUAGUCGUGCCUUCGAAACGGCCGAGACCAUCCCUUGACGACGACCCAACCAUCCCCAUUAUUACUGUCAGCCGCCCUGCUCCCCCUGGCGCCCCCGCUGCGGUUGUGGGGGGCCUGGGUGUCGGUGGGCAGGGGGGCAUUGCAGCUGGUGGACUCUCCCAAGCACUGACGACUGCAAUUAAGUGUUGGGAUAUACUGAAGUCAUAUGAACAGCUCAGGGCGGAGUUCGUGCGCCUGCUGGAGAGCCUCGGGUCGGAGCUGUGGUGGUGGCUCCGAGUCUUCACCGUGGACGUGCUGAUCUACCAGGGCAGGUUGGCGGAGGCUGCGAGAGACCUGCGGCACACCCUGACCCAGCACCAUACUUCCAUGCAGCCCACCGCCUUUAUCAGCACCAACCUCAAGCUGGCCUCUGUCUUUUAUGCCCUCAGUAACUUGUCUGGUGCGGCCGAGGCAGUGCUGGAGGUGGUACGACAACUGCCGGGGUGGGUCGGCAUGGGAGGACUGACUAGCGAAUUGACAGUGACAGCACCGCCAACUCACCGUCACCUUCACGUUCUCGCCCUCACCCGCCCACAGUGCCUCCAGUUUGCCACCACCCUGCUCAUCCACGCCCUCCGCCAGCGUGUUGUGGUGGAUAGACACACGGACGACUUCUGCAUCGGUCAUCUUAUUACGUUAUUGCAGUACGAGUGGCCAAAAUACAGCAACACUUUCGAGGAGGUGCUGCAGAUCAUCAGGAAGCAAGGUGUCUUUUCCUACCCUCUCUUCAGCAGCUACGUCACCACCCCUGAUAUAUUAGAGGAGUUCAUGUACCUGGCCACUAAGGAAGGAGGGAGUCUGCAGCUUGAUAUUAUACCAAUUUCUCAGGGGAACAAACAGCAGAGGACCAUCUCAACAAGAGGCGUGGACCGGGACCUCAAACACGACUUCAAGCUGGGAAUGAAGAAGCUAAUGUUGAGAAGCUCUGAGCCAAUUGAGGGAACCAUCGUGACCUUCCUGACUCGUGAGGGUUCCCUGCUCCACCAGAACUUGAUGUAAGCAUGUGCCCUGCCUCCCACGCCACCCCUUGCCCCCUUGCUGGCUGGACGCGCCCCUGGGAUGUGAUGCUUUUAUAAUAAGAUAAGAUUACAGAAUUAGACUGAGAGGAUAAGGUCAUAGAAUUAAACUUGAGAACAGAAUCCUUGCUAUUGAGAACAAGGACAAGGGCAAGGACAAGGACAAGGACAGAAAGACCUUGCUACUCAGGACAGGGUAGAGUUAAGGCCAGAAUAGACAGAAUAGAUGAAAAGUAUACAUAAAUUAAACCAGAUAGCCCAUUACUAUUGAGGAAAGUAUUUGACUUAACCACGUACGACCACUGUGCUGCCUGACCCAUGUACAAAUUCUAGCGUUUAUCCCUUUAUUCAUGCAUCUACUGUGGUCUCGGGGUUGGAGGUGCAGGGGAGGGAACAGUCUCAAUGUGAAGGGGUAGAAGUGAACCAGUGUGUGCUGUGGGGCCUUUGCUGUGGGUGUGUGGGGCCAGCUGUGGUCCACGAGACUGUCCCUUUCCUGACGGGGCUGAGUGUGAAUGAUGUGUGUGCAUGUGAACUGGUCUGAUAGAUAGAUAGAUAGAUAGAUAGAUAGAUAGAUAGAUAGAUAGAUAUAGAUAGAAUUGCUCACAGGACUGAUUGACUCUUGGGAGGAAAUAAAAGCACUGGAUAUGUGGAAUUGACUGUACAAUACCUGGGUUUUCAUUAAGAGGACGAAAAUACUAAUGUUUGGUGCCAAUGAGUAAUGUUAAACUGGAGAGGUUCACCAGGGAGGGAGGGAUUGGGGAUAACAUUAAGUUUAAGGUAUUUGUACUGGAGUGCUUAUAAUGAAAGUGAUAAAAUGU